UCACGCGGGAAGUGGGUUUUUUUGAACUUUCAAGUAAACACCAUUCUCUUUUUCUCGUGGGUAUACGCAUAAAAAUUUAGUUUAAAAAAUGACGACCCCUGGCAACCCCCCUGGCCACGCCCCCAAUGCAGCGGCGGCUGCUCAAGAAAAAGAGGACCAGCAGCAGCAGCAGCAGGAGAUGAAAAACCAGAUUUUAUCACAAGUUUUGGACCAACCCGCGAGGGCGAGAUUAAACACCCUCAUGCUCGCGAAACCCUCGAAAGCGGCCGCGGUGGAAAACCUCUUGAUUCAAAUGGCGCGGAUGGGUCAGCUGCGGGGGAAAAUCGGCGAAGACGAGUUGAUCGGACUUCUCGAGAAGGUCAGCGGCGGGUCGGGGGAGAAAAUGAGGGUUAACUUCGAUCGGCGGCGGACCAGGGUGGACUCGGACUCGGAUGAGUUUGACGAUCUUUGAGGGUUUUUUUUUGGAGUGUUAAUUAAUUAUUUGGGGGGAGGAGGAGGUUCAAUAAAUCGAUGAGACUGUAA